AUGCCUUUUGUCCUUGAAACUCGUAUUGGGGGGUGGUCUAGGCUUCGCGUCAGUGCCGGCAACUUGAUAUACUUCUAUAACAACACUGACCCAUUCGACAAUCCGUUUGGACGUCCAACUUCUCCGGGAUAUCCGCAAAGAACGUCGGAGGUGUCACCAUUAAAUGGGACCCCUACGGAUUUCUCCCCCACACCCAUCGUCAACUCGCAACUUGCCAACAAAUCGCAGAAUGCCGAUGCCGGAAGGGUUUAA